GGAAGGCGGCGGGAAGAUGUAUCUACGCCAAGGAACAGCGAAUCGGGGAGACUGGGCCUGCAUCAGUUCGUGACAUUAUUGGUUGCGAAGAUGUGGUAGUCACUCCGACCGGAAGGGCUGUUUAGAGACAUCGGUAUAAGGGCAUCUAUGGCUGCACGUUGGACUGUAGGCUGUCCUGGAAAUGUCAUCCGAAUCAUUGCCAACGCUCCGCUGGGGCAUAAUCGCCACCGGCCAGAUAUCCUCCUGGUUCGUUCGAGACCUUUCCCUAUCCCGCCCCGACGCGAAAGCUAGGCACACGAUCGCUGCUAUCGGCUCCUCUUCUCAAGGAAAAGGCGAAGCUUUCGUGAAGCAGUGGAUUCCAGACGUCUUGCCCGCCCCCAAGGUGUAUGCUGGAUACGAGCAAGUCUACAAUCACCCGGACGUCGACAUUAUCUAUAUCGGCACACCGCACGCAUUCCACAAGCAGAACUGUCUCGCUGCUAUUGCGGCGGGAAAGCAUGUCCUCUGUGAGAAGGCUUUCACCCUAAAUGCCAGGGAUGCGAAGGAGGUGUUUGCGGCUGCGGAAAACAAAGGCGUCUUCGUUAUGGAGGCUCUUUGGACGCGCUUCUUUCCGCUAGUGCAGCAGCUGCAGCGACUCGUUCACGAGGAGAAUGUUAUCGGUAGCGUCCACAGAGUGUUCGCUGAUCUCGGCCUGGACCAGGACUUCGCGUCUCUGGGCCCAGAUUCGCGCCUGAGAAAUCCGGCGUUAGGAGCCGGUACACUUCUGGACAUUUGCAUCUACAGCUUGACAUGGGGCUUGUUGGCAUUGGAUGCGAAGGUUGGCGAAGAGGCGGAGAAGCCGGUAAUAAAGGCGGUACAGACGCUAUUCGAUUCGAUUGAUGUGGCUUCGACGGUGGUGCUGUACUACCCUUCGACUGGUAGACAAGCCAUCUGCACGUCUACCGCCAUGUUCAAGACUCCCGACCUUUUCUGUCGGAUAGAAGGUACAAACGGCUAUAUUACAGUUGAAGGCGUUUCCGCCUCGCGCCCGUCCGCUUUUACAAUAUACGCCAAAGACGAGGGAACAACGGAGGGCAAGAGGUAUACUGUGGCAAAUCCCGGAUUUGGGCUGUUCUGGGAGGCGGAUGCAAUAGCGCAUGACAUCGCCGCGGGAAGGAAAGAAAGCGCGGUCAUGCCGUGGGCCGAGACCAUUCGCGUUAUGGAGAUGAUGGACGAAGCGAGGCGGCAGGGAGGGGCGCGGUUUCCGGUAGACGACUAGGAGUAAUCUAGCUCAGCAAGUAGACUUUCGAG